AUGGAGGCGAGGCAGCAGCAGCAGGAGGCCGGCGGCGCGAUCCUGUGCGCCAGCGGCUGCGGGUUCUUCGCCGGCGCAGGGACAAACGAUCUCUGCUCCAAGUGCUUCAAAGAACAACAGCUGCUGGAUGUCAAGGCCUUCGAUGGCGCCGCCAUGUCCGGCCUCCGGUCGCUGACCAUCGCGUUGACGAAAGCUGGAGGCGAGGAGGAGACGCCCGAGAAGAAGCGAUGCAGUGCGUGCCAGAAGAAGGUGGGACUGCUUGGAUUCGUCUGCCGGUGCGGGGCCACCUAUUGCGGCGCGCACCGCCACGCCGACGCGCACACCUGCUUCUUCGACAACAGGGCAGCCGGCCAGGAGCAGAUCGCGCGCCAUAACCCGAUCGUCGUCGCGCCCAAGAUGGCGAGGAUUUGA